AUGUCCAAACCACGUCGAGAUGCUCGCCGCAAGCUCGGCGCCCUCGACAGCCAAGGAAGAGUUAUUGGUAAGGACGAAAACAAUUGGUGCGAAAGGAAUUCGUGGACUGUGGAUAUCCGAGACUCUCAAAAGCGAAAACCCAAUCAUCCCAACUACGACAAAACAACUCUCUUCGUCCCACCAGAAAUGCUGAGGGAGAAGACCAAGGGCUCCAAGAAAGGCCCUCUCACGCCGUUUCAAAGGCAGUUUUGGGCUAUCAAAAGCGCAAACUAUGACGUCAUCAUUUUCUUUAAGAAAGGAAAGUUCUACGAAUUGUACGACGUGGACGCUGAUAUUGGUCACCAGGAGCUCGGAUUGAACUUUACCCGAGGUGGAAGGGUUGACAUGAGGUGCUGCGGGGUACCCGAACAGAGCUUUGAUAAGCACUGUGCGCGUUUAAUUGAUCUCGGGUACAAAGUAGGUCGGGUAGAACAGACAGAGACAGCGAAUGCAGCAGAAAAGAGGAAGAACUCUGGAGCCGGAAACCAGUCUACAGUGUGCCAUCGCAGUCUCGUCCGUAUCUUGACGAAAGCGACUGUCACUGACGAGGGGUUAUUACGCGAUCACCGAGCUAGGUAUGUUUUAUCCAUACUGGAAGAAUUGAACGAUUCAACACCAUCGCGAAAAAUCGGGGUUUGCUAUGUAGAUGUCGCGAGCGGCAACAUCAGCAUCGGCGAGUUCAUGGAUGACUUCCGGCUCGCCCAGACAGAACGCCUUGUGACAUUCCUGCGACCUCACGAAAUUAUCACCAAUCUCUCCGCUGCGAGUCAAAGGCUGGCUGGGAUUCUGAAAUGGGCCGCUAACAGUAAUGAAGCUGAGAUCAUCGAGACCAGCACAAGACGAGGGUUUUCUUCAAUGACAUCGUCAUGGUUGAGUACUUACUUCACGAGCCAGAAAAGCCAAUGCGAGCUAAAACGGGUGCGCAAACACCUUGACGACCACGCACUUUGCAAAGAGGUUUUUGGAGCAAUGGCAUCCCAUUUAAAAUCACUUAUCAUCGACAAAGAAACGCUAUCUCUUGGAAACUAUCAUCUUUUUUCAACUACCUUUUCUCCUAAUGGAGACUCAAAGUACCUGCGAAUUGAUGCUCCGACGAUGCAGAAUCUUGAAAUAUUGUCGUCCUGUAAUGACGGCUCGGAACGAGGGACUUUGCUUUCCUUUGUGGAUCGAGCUCGAACUCCGGCAGGUCGCCGCCUACUUCGAAAAUGGAUAGCAGAACCUCUCGUAUCUUCUACUGAUAUCAACGAUAGGCUUGAUGCAAUAGGCGAUAUACACAUAUUAGAAGACUCCUCGGAAGAGGCGGCCCUAAUGGAAGUCUUGAAACAUCUGAAGACGAAGAAAGAUUUAGAGCGUGCCCUGCCAAAAGGGUUUGUCGCUGUUCUUCGUGGCCUUCAAGAUUGUCUGGAAGCCGUGGACACUUUACGCGAGGUCAUGGACAAGCUCUCUCCUAAGUCUAAAAGGCUCCGGUGGUUGUACUCACCCGGGUGCGGCGUCUCGAAGGGAGCUCGGGACAAACUGAACUACUUUCUCGGUGAAGCUUUCGACCUCCGCGCCGCUGAAGUUGCUGGAGAAAUUCUUCCCAAUCGAGGAGCAGUUCCGCUGUACGAUGAAUGUCGGGAUGUGCUAAAGAGUGCAGAAUCGGAGUUGUCUAGUCAGUUAAUCAAGUGGCGACAGAAGCUCGGGGACAACUCUAUCAAGUUCUAUCAUCGUGGGAAGGAGCCAUUUCAACUGGAAGUGAAACUUACGACAUUGAAGGGGAAAACACCAAAUGAAUUCGAGGUUGUCUCAGAAGCUAAGGCAGUCAAGCGUUUCUACACAUCAGAGAUUAGACGCCUUAUUCGAAAGCACAUCGAAGCCUCGGAAGCCCAUGAAAUUGCGAGCGCAUCUGUAGUUCGGGAUAUGAUCGGUCAGUUUGACGCUGAAUAUGAUAUAUGGGCUGCAAUAACUCGGGUGAGUGCUGAGUUAGAUGCACUGAUAGGUUUGGCGGCUACGAGCCGUGGGCAAGGAAAUGGUCCGAUGUGUCGUCCGACGAUUCUGCCAAAGUGUCAUCUGCAAGCAGAGUUUCAUGCCGUAGGCUUGCGCCAUCCAACCUUAGCAGCUCAGUCGGACUCCUUUGUUCCCAACGACGUAUACCUCGGAGGUGAGCAGAAACCAGAUGUUAUGGUCCUAACAGGCCCAAAUGCAGGAGGAAAGUCGACCCUGGCGCGACAAAUUGCAAUAGGAGCCAUUUUGGCGCAAAUGGGAUGCUACGUACCAGCAGAAUCCUUACGUAUUAGACCAUUUGAAGAAAUCUUUGUAAGAAUGGGGGCAAGCGAUGAUCUUGCUAGAGGUCGAUCUACAUUUAUGGUGGAAAUGGAGGAGGUUGGGCACAUUUUGAACAACGCCACGUCACGGUCUCUCAUCAUCGCAGAUGAAGUUGGGCGAGGCACUUCAACACACGAUGGCUAUGCUGUGGCGUACGCCAGUCUGAAACACAUUGUGAAUAUGAACAAGUCGCUGACAGUAUUUUCCACUCAUUACUCUCAUCUCGGAGAGAACAUUGUUUCUUUAGCCGCCCUGUAUGAAAUGGCAGCUGUUAUUAACGAGAAGACGAAGGAGAUUACUUUUCUAUACAAACUGCGGAACGGCUCAAGCGGUGAUUCUCGUGGUAUCUAUUGCGCAAGAGUUGCCGGUAUUUCUGAAGCCAUUGCGUCGAAUGCAGAGCGCGCUUCUAUGUUGUUUUACCAUUCGCUUGCAUCAAGGUUGACUAGUACAAAUUUUCAGAAGAUAAGCAAAGCCCUGGAGGGUGACGACAAGAAAGCAACAGAAGUGCUUCAGUCGUAG